ACAACACAACGAUUGCUCUUGAGAUUCCUUCAAAAGUGGAUCUUAUCUUAUCGGAAAAAUAUCCUGUUUACAAGUACUUUACGACACGGGGAAAAUUAGAACAUCUGAAGUUGCUUCUUUUGUAGGAUUGUUCAAGGAUGAGGUUGGAUGGAAUCAUUUUGGCAUUGCUUAUCGCUCACUGUGUUGCAGGUAAGCGUUAAAUUCACGGUAAACGGCAAGAAAGCCAGGUCAGUGGUAGCACAGUCACUUGGAAAUCUUUUUGGCUUAUUUAGUUGUGUAUUUGUUUGUUUUCUCUUUGAAGAAUGCGAAGAAGGAUGGGAAACACCCGGGGAGAAUUCUAAUUGCUACAAACUGUUCACGGAGAAGAAAACAUGGGAUGCUGCAAACGAUGACUGCCGAAACAUAAGCUCUCACUUGGUCAAGGUAGAUUCUGAGGAAGAAAACACUUUUUUGCUGAGGACAUUCCUGCAAAUCCCCAAAGGCGAGGUAAAUCGAGAGGCAUGGAUUGGACUCACGGAUAAACUCGAGGAAGGAGAAUUUGUCUGGACAGAUGGAACACCAGCAGAGUACACAAACUGGGCCGAUGAACAACCAAAUGAUGAGGAUAAUGAACAGGACUGCGGUGAAAUGGCCAAUGGAGUCUUCUGGCCUGACGGUCCACCGCAAAUUGGAGUUUGGAACGAUUUUCAGUGUGAUGAAAAUCUCAUGUACAUUUGUGAAAAGGAACCUUAAAAAAAUAUAUCUAAUUAUUCUCUUUAUCAUAACUAAUGGCUCAGCUCUCAAUUUGAAUUUUUUUGAAAGGGGAGAGGGUUUGGAAGACGUCAAAGACGUCCAGUCCUCAAUGUGCGCACAAUGGACUGA